AAAAUAUUAACGUGUAACAAACUGUUUGAUCAGCAUUGUUAUUAAAAACAGCGAUAAUGUAACGACACACGUGUCGACGUCUGCUUGCCGCACGCGGAUUUCCAAUGCGAAAUUCGUCGAAUCUGCGGGCGGGACCAUUGCAAUUGAUCCAUUUAUUACGAUCACAUGGGACGAGCGUGGGAGAAUAUUACGAGGGCAACGACAUUGACAUUCUUUCAACGUCGUAAUAAAAAUGGUGUCGAAGAGAGUGCUCAGCCCACAAUUAUCAGAGCUCCUAGAGAUAGAAGAAGAGUUAAUCAAAACGCAAGUGAUUUUACGAACAUUGGAGACUGGCCCACCUUAGGAACGCAAGUAGAGAAAAAAGCAACCAUAUCACCUUUGAAGCAAAAUGGUGUAAUCAAUGAUGAACCAAGUACGUUUAAAACAGAUAACACUAUAGAAAGCAGAAGUAAAGAAAAUAAAGAGCAGAACCAUUGUCAAGAUGAUAGCGAUGAGCAUACAGAUAAUGGCGAAAAGAAAAAAAAAGCGAAUAAACAAAAAUGGGUCCCACUAGAGAUAGACCUACAAAACCGUGGUACUAUGCGAUCGCCGAGAUUUCAGAAUCACAGAGAAAAAAAUGGCGAAGCAAAUGAUGGCGAGCACUGGCGCGAACGAGAUUACGAUAGAUCGUCAGGAUAUAAUCAACGAGGACGCGCUGGAAGAAGUUAUAGAGGUAGAGGACGGGGCGGGCGUGGCCGUGCUGGUUUUAGACAUCGACACGAUCACGAAUAUACAAAUUAUGCUACAACGGACUAUAUACAGACACAUAAAUACGAACAUGCAGAUACUGGGUAUAUGAUACCUUAUAUGGGGACUUGCUAUUUUAAUGCAAAUUAUAUGGAUAUCCCUACGUUAAAAGAGUGUAUACGACAACAAAUAGAGUAUUAUUUCUGUGAAGAAAAUCUUGUAAAAGACUUCUUUCUUCGUCGUAAAAUGAAUGCUCAAGGAUUUUUGCCUCUCACUUUGAUCGCAUCUUUUCAACGUGUACAAAAUUUAACAAUGGAUAUAGAUUUGGUGAUAACCGCAGUUAUGGAGUCUGACAAAUUGGAGGUGAUAGAAUUUGAAGAUGGAUACAAGAUUAGGACAAAGUUAGAUCCUUUAAAAUGGCCUAUCUCAGACAUAGCCAGCAAUGUGGUCAUCUCGAAUCAUUCACAACAAUCGAUCUCAUCUCAAAACGAAGUAAUACAUCCUACCUCUAAAACUACGUUUUGCCCUGCUGCAAAGCCUUUACUCGCGAUACCCAUUCCCGCAGUUCCUCGUGUUUUUGAAUCCUUCUAUUCCGUUCCAAUGGCAAACGAAAUUUUAAAUCCUGAUGUACCAGAAUUUGUACCAAUGGACUUGACGGAAAGAACUAAUGGAUUUACUGCUAUGAAUGAAAGCAACGAAACAAAAAACGAAAUUCAAUUUGAAAAAAUAAAAGAAGAAAAUUAUAAAUUGACGAAUAGUAUAACGAUGCCUCUCUUUUCUCUUAAUAAUAAUUCUCCUAUCAAGAUAAACAAUAUAUUACCAUCCAUGGUAGAGUCUUCCACUUCAGACAGCUUGCCAGAAGAACAAAUAAACAGAGAAUCAGAUAUGUCAAGCGACAAUACUUGGAAAGAGGUGAGAAGAAAAGUUAAACAACCACAUAAAGAUAGAUCUGAAGAGAAAGAGAAGUUUGAGAACACCAGAAGUAAAACACGAGAAGAAUUAAAUUUUCAAUUUGACGAAGAACUCGACUCGCCGCCUCCGACUGGUCGACAUAAUGCCUUUUCGGAAUGGUCCGAAGAUGAUGAGGAUUACGAAUUAUCAGAUAGAGAUAUUAAUAAAAUACUUAUCUUUACGCAAACCCAUCCUCCAUCAUCUAGAAUCCCAAAGCAUGAAGGACAUGAUAGAACAGGAGAUUGGAUUACAAGAGUGAAAAUGACUCAAGACUUGGAGCAACUUAUUAAUGAUGGAUUAUAUUAUUACGAGGAUGAGUUGUGGAGGCAAAAUAAUCAAAGGUAUGGCUCAUCUUCGUCCAUUGGAAGCUACAAGACAAUUAAUAUGAUUAGUCAAGAAGAUUUCGAAAAAAUGGCACCGAAAGUUCCGAGAAAAGCGAAUCCGGAAGUUCCACCGCCACCUCCUUCCUGUAUAGAAGAUUUAGAGAUUCUACAGUCCACUUUAUCGUUACAGCUUCCAAGUAUAAGUCUGGAGAAGAAAGAUCAUAGGCCGGAAAAGAGUCGUUGGAAUGAGAAAUCACAGACGAGAGAAGGACGAAGAGCCGCAUCUCGUUUCUUUGCCGUUGUAAAAGAACCGUCUGUUGAUCCGACAACACCACGAAAACGAAAAACUCGUCACAGCAAUAAUCCUCCAGUGGAGCAUCAUGUUGGUUGGAUUAUGGAUGUUCGAGAGCACCGUCCACGAACACAUUCUGUGGGGAGUAGCGCAGGUACAAGUCCUAAUGAAGGCUAUCUUGCAAGCAGUUAUGGAAGUGUUCCCACUAUUAGCGAGCAUCCAAGUCAUGCUUUGUUGAAAGAUAACGGAUUUACUCAACAAGCGUAUCACAAGUAUCGUUCACGCUGCCUGAAAGAGCGCAAGCGAUUAGGUAUUGGACAAUCACAAGAAAUGAAUACCCUUUUCCGUUUCUGGUCGUUCUUCUUGCGAGAAAAUUUUAAUCGUACUAUGUACGAAGAAUUCAGAACUAUAGCCAAAGAAGAUGCCUGCGAAGGAUACCGAUAUGGAGUGGAAUGUCUUUUCAGAUUUUAUAGUUAUGGCUUGGAAAAGAAGUUUAGGCAUAUAUUGUAUAAAGAUUUUGAAAUAGAAACGAUAUAUGAUUACGAAAGUGGACAACUGUAUGGAUUGGAAAAAUUCUGGGCAUUUUUAAAGUAUUAUAAGAAUUCUGAUCAGCUUCAUAUAGAUUCUAAAUUGGAAGAAUAUCUGUCAAAAUUCAAAAGUAUCGAAGACUUCAGAGUAGUAAAACCCCGAAUACAUGAAAUGCUCCAAGCUGCCAGAUUACGUCACAGAAGUGUUUCCGAAAGCGCUAGAGAAGAUUCUCUGGCGGGCGUGCUAUUAGACGAUUGUAGCACCAUCACACUGCCAAAUGAAACGAAAUCUGAUAGCUACAUGCAAAAAUCAUGUUUAGACUUUACAAGUUCAUCGCAGUUUCGAAAUAGGGCUGGUUCUUAUGGCUCUAGUAGGCUAUGUCAUCCUCGACGACGAAAUAAUUCCGCAUCGUCGAGCGACCAACGAGAUCUCAAUAAGCAACAGCCUCAAAAUAGACAAAAUUCUGGUUCCUUCACGAAGCCUCACGAGGCAAGUAAAUCGUAAGUCACUGCCAAAGAACGAAUUUAACCUCCAGUUCCGAAACAAAAAAAAAUCCGUCACGAUCAAGGCGGAAAGCUUAUUUGUCUCUUAAAAGUGAAGAGUCAUUGCACUCUUUUGAGAGGGAAUUACCGAUACAUCCGACAUAGGCGGUGCGAUACAUAUUGUGCAAAUGUGAAAAUAUCUUCCGUACGAAACGAUAGCCAUGUAUCGUCGCCUCGUUAUAUUACGCAUUGUUAGACGUAAGAAAUAAAAGUUCUGUACAGUUAUUACGAUCUUGCGACUGACAAAUCGAUCGGAAAUUGUACUAACAACCGGUCAUCGCGUUUGCUUGGCCAUCGUUCUUUCUUUUCCAAUAUAUGUAAAUAAAUACAAAGAGAGCAAAAAACGAAUAAAACUCGUGCAUAAUUUUAAUAUAAGCGGACUAUAUAAGUAAUUUUCUGAACUACGGAUGACACGUUGAAUGAUGUAAUAUACAAUUCCGUUCGAGAAAUAUUUGGUUUUUUGAAAUUUUCCCGUCCUUCCUUUGUCUUCCGAAUGAAACUUUUUUUUUACGAGAUAGAAUGUAAUUCAAAACGGAUUUUACGAAAUUUCGUUUUCGAUAUUCUGCCUCGUAACUGAUUGGAUUUCAUUGAUUUAAAAUUAAAUUGUAAUGUUUCAAAAUUUCUUAAAGGAUACUUAAAAAUGCUAUUGAUGACAUGUCAAAGUAUGAGACGUAACGUCUUUAACUUUACGUUUCUUUAACUUUUAUUAAUGUGCUCCGACACUGCGCAAUUAGGAAACAUGAAUUUAUUAAUCGCUAUUGCAAAAAAGUGUAGUUUGCUCUCGAGAGACUAAUUAUUCUUGAUUUGAAAGAAAGAAAGAAUACUCUUGUCGAUUAUUGUUAUAUUUCACUAUUUCACUAUCCCUGUACAUUCAUGUUGCUUGCACGAAUACGUAGUAAUGAUGAAAGCUCACACAAUUUUCAAACAGAGCAACAGUUGAAAGUCUCUGUUCGAGAAAGAUCUCGAUUCACGAAAACGAAGGAAAAGUAUACUAAUAUUAUCUCGUUUUGUCUUAAUUAUUAAUAUAUUACAUAUGUACGACAAAACUCUAUGCACUUAAUGUUUUGUUUAUGUUAUCAUGAACGAUCGAGAAUAAACUUGUUGUUUUAAUGCGCGAGGAUGAUAAAGAUAAAAAUAUUUUCGAGAAAAAGAAAGAGCGAUCGCGCAAAUGACGAGUUGUUAUCACAAAUAAUUUCCAAUCUAUUUAUUCGCGACAUAGUAAUAAUUGUCCCAGAGGCGACCGGAAAAAGUCAAAUAACCGUGAAAAAAAAUACAUCUUUAUUAUAUUGUAUAUAUUCCCAUAACUCGACUUUUAGUGAUUUAAAUUUAUCUAUAGCUUUUAAACAAGUGACACAUAAUGAUAAGAUUUGAUACUUUAAGUUUAACAUGUUAAUAAACUAUAUAUAAUCG